UUCUCAGAAAUAUUGUUUUAUUUUUUAUCUAUGAUUUUAUUCCAGCUUUAUUUCAGUUAACAAAACAUGUAUUAAUAGUUUUAGUUGUGGACUGUAGCCCUGUGCCAUGCGUGUGUGUGUUUUUUUUAGCAUUAUUUUUUCCCAUUCAGAUGAGGUUCGAUCUGGAACAUACAGACAGCUGUUUCACCUAAGAUAGGAAAGUUUUCUUGCAAUUAUGUUUUUACAGAUUUAUUAAUAGUUUGUACCUUUUUUUAAGUUUAGUGUAUCCAGUGCACUGGACUACAAGGAUUCCUCAUCUUCCACAGCUUUGCUGGUGGAACUGGUUCGGGCUUAGCUUCACUGUUGAUGGAGAGGCUGUACGUUGACCAAGGCAAGAAAGCCAAGCUUGAGUUUGCUCUCAGCCCUGCACCUCAGAUACCACAUUUUUAUUCAGUUCCCUUCACUUUAAAAUCGAGAUGAAAAAGAAAUAGCGAAAUAUGUUUUCUUGUGUGUUGUGAUCUACAGCUAAGAAGAACUGAUCAUUGACAAGGGGAACAUUUUGGGUGGUUAAUUUGCAUAAUCCAUUGGCACAUGUGAAUGUAAAGGGUGGAGUUCAAGCAAACUAAAUGACUGGAAAAGACUGGCAGUACAUUGCCAGAGAGAAGUCCGUUAUUAGACCUGAGGACUGAGGUAUGACAGUUUGAUUCAAAGUUACAAGGAUGACAUUUAAAAAAAAAAUCUAGCAAAUGCACAAACAAAAUUGAUUAGAAAAUAGAUUUUCAUGUCAUGCUGACGUUAACAAGAAUGUUUAUAAUCACUUGGUCCUUUCUGCUAUCGUUCAGUCACUUUAUACAGAGACAUUUCUCAUUUUGAAAUCAUAAAUGAAAGAUAUUAUAAAAUGGGAAAGAUCUUGGAAGCCACCUGUAACACACUCAAGAUCCACUAAAUUUCAGUCCAGUGGAUUGCGAAAAACAUUGCAAGUACUUCAAACUGUUUUCUGUUUUUUCAGGUUUCUACCAGAGUGGUAGAGCCCUACAAUUCUAUUCUGACCACACACACCACCCUCGAGGCCACCGAUAAGGCCAUCUAUGAUAUCUGCCAAAAUAACCUGGACAUAGAGUGGCCUACAUGCACCAACCUCAUCCACCUCAUUGGUCAGAUCGUAUCAUCGAUAUUUGCCUCCCAGCAUUCGACGGAGCUCUCAAUGUUGAUCUGACAGAGUUCCAAACCAACCGCUUUCGUUCUCAAGUUGGUAUCAACUACCAGUUGCCGACUGUGGUUCCAGGAGGCAAGCUGGCCAAAGUUCAAAGGGCAGUCUGCAUGUUGAGCAACACCACAGCCAUCGCUGAGGCCUGGGCACGUCUGGAUCACAAGUUUGAUCCAAUGGAGAAGGUAUGGAGGAGGGUGAGUUUACAGAGGCCCGUGAAGAUUAAGUUGCUCCACGAGAAAGAUUACGAAGAGGUGGGAGUCGACACUCCCGAAGGAGAAGGUGAAGAGGGAGAAGAAGAAAUAUGAGAUUACUUUUUUAGGUUCUUAAUAUGGCAAUAAAUAUAGACAUUUAACUUUUGGUAGUCUUUUAGGCAUUUAUUAAUCAGCAUUAAAAAAAAAAAAAAAGUCACAGAGAGUCACUAAUCAAACAGCUACAAUGUACAGUACUUUACAUAAGGAGUGUUACAGGUUACCAAUACUACAGAUAAAACAGUUCAGAAGGAUUCUGCACCAUUAAUGUCUUCAGAAACAGAAAGUUGUAGAUGGCUUCGAAGAUUUAUCAAAGCACAGCGACGGUGUGAUUAAAUGCUUUCUUCAUCACUUUUUUUGUUGCUUCUAUUGCAAGGCACAUUUGAUUUCUUUUAACCUGUACUUACAUCAGUAUACAGUGAGUGACUUUACUCUCUAACUUCACAGAUUUGCAUAAUAACAUCCUUCAUAUAAAAGUGCACAAGAACGGUCACAACUCAGCAUGACAGUUCUUACUUCAAAGUACCUGCACUUCUCUGCAUCAGUGCCAAAAUAGUUUGCUUUACGUAUCUGUAAUGUUGUAAACAGUGUUCUAAUUGUUUUAAUAAUAUAUUUUUUUUAUAUUAUUUUGAAUAUGGUAGCCGUUUAAGGAUAGUUUGAUUCAGUUUAGGAUAAUUAAACUGUUUACUAAAGUCUUUCUACAGCAGACUUACUGUCAGGCUGGUCUGUUAAUGCCACAUUUCAUUUCAUGUUUAAAUGAAAUCCAAAUGAAGUCCAACAAAGCCACUAUAUUCAAAACCACUUGACGGAGCGCUCAUGGAACAGUUGGAGUGCAUCUUUGGUCAGUUUUUAACCCAGAAGUUCAAAAUGCCAAUAUUGUCUGUUGUGGUUACAGGUUUCCACACGGAAUAUAAAAGUACACAGUAAAGUUGUCUUACAUGUGCAUAAGGACCUAUCUGAACAUUUUCAGUUCAACUAGGAUAUUUACGUAAGAAAUGCAAUACCCCCCAUUGUUUAGAAGUCAUUUACAUUACUUUUCUGAUUAAAACUUUUGAUUCUGAAUGCUAAUCUUGAUGCAUCUAACAGCACUUUAGGUUAUGCAAACAAACGGAAAUUAAUAUGUUGUUAACCGACAGCCAGGUUCACAAGAGCUUUCUGCAUUUUCUGCAUUGAACAUGUGAAAAAAAAAAA